CACAGUGUGUCAGGUGGUGCAGAGUUCUUAAACAACAGCCCCACAUGUGAGGCUCACUUUUACAGCUUCACUUCAGACAGUCAAACUCUGCCUUACAGAAAAAGCACCAAAUGAUACUUGUAUUUCUUCUAGCAGCCCUGGCUGCAGUGUCUCAAGCUACGUCCAGUUGCUUGUUGGGGGCUUGUUAUCCCCCAAGUGGAGACCUAGUGCUGGGCAGAACUCAGCAGCUCUCGGCCUCCUCCACCUGUGGCCUCACAGGCUCUGAGGUGUACUGCACACCAUAUCAGCAGAGGAGAAUGAAGUGCUGCCCUUGUGAUUCACGAAACCCAGAGGGUCAGCUGGCCCACACCAUCCAGGACGUCCUCUCCACGGCCGGACCUGACCGCUGGUGGCAGUCGCAGAAAGGAGUGAGUCCUGUCACAAUACAACUAGAUCUCAAAAACCUGUUCCAACUUGACAGUCUUGUCCUGGACUUUAAGGGUCCUCGUCCUCAGGCUUUAGUGAUCGAGAGGACUCUGGAUAAUGGCAGGACAUGGCAGCCUUAUGUAUACAUGGCUACACACUGUCCCUCUGCUUUCCCUGGAGUCCCGACAAGCACCCCACUGAAAAUGGAUGACAUAUACUGUUACACACUGCCCCCUGUUGGAUAUGAUCUAUACAAGGAUCACCAAAUUCACUUCCGGCCUUUAGAACAAUACAUGUACGUUCCAGUUCCCAAAGACCAGAAAAUUGAAGAAAUCUCUGGUCUCACGGGACUCAGGGUGAAGUUGGUCCAGCUGGGUGAGGUGCCAGAGAUCCCAGGCCGCUCUCUGAGCAGGUUCUUUGCUCUGAAGGAGAUGAGGGUGGUCGGACGCUGCAUGUGUCAUGGACAUGCUAACAAAUGUCUGCCAGAUACUUACACGACAUUCUCUAACAACAUCCAGGUGCAUUCAAGGUGUGACUGUCAGCACAACACAGCAGGUCUAAACUGUGAGCGCUGUGCAGACCUCUACAAUGACCUGCCCUGGAGAGCAGCGGAGGAGGGCAACCCACACGUAUGCAAACGCUGCGAGUGUAACAACCAUGCUCAGAGGUGUCGUUUUGACCGGGCCGUGUACGAGGCGAGUGGGCGGCGCAGUGGAGGUGUGUGUAUAGACUGUAUGCACCACACCACCGGACCCAAGUGUGACCAGUGUGAACCCGGUUACCAGCCCAAUCCUCUCAGCCGGAUGGACCGACCAGAUGCCUGCAUACGCUGUGUGUGCAAUGCUGUUGGGACAGUGAAUGGGGCUCUUUGUGACGAUUCCUCAGGCUCAUGUAGGUGCAAAACCAAUGUGGAGGGUUCUGCAUGUGACCGCUGUAAACAGGGCUUCUACAACCUGGUCUCCUCCAAUCCACAGGGCUGUACCAAGUGCUCCUGCUUCCCCGCAGGCUCGGUGUCUCAGAACUGUGAUCCAGUGACAGGUCAGUGCCCCUGCCGGCCUCACUCUACUGGGCUGCAGUGUGAGAGCUGCUCCCCGGGCUUCUGGAGGCCAGCAGGGUCUGACCGCUGUGUGCCCUGUGCCUGUGAUCCCAAUGCUGCUCGGAGCAACGUCUGUGAUCAGCAAACAGGCCAGUGUCAGUGCAGACCAGGCUUUGGAGGCAGAGCAUGUACUGAGUGUGCCAACCAUAUGUUUGGAGAUCCUUACAGAGGCUGCAAAUCCUGCGACUGUGACAGGGAGGGCACGUUCCCUCAGGGCUGUAAUAAGCAGACAGGUGCGUGUUUGUGUCGGCCCGGAGUGACAGGGACACGCUGUGACACCUGCCGCCGGGACAGGUGUGACUCCUUCCCUCAGUGUCAGACGUGCCCCUCGUGUUUUUUCACUCUCGACGCCCAACGACAGAAUAUCAGCAUCACCCUGCAAAGACUGCGGCCCUCCGAGACCACUGGACCAUCCCUGGACUUUGGUCCCCGCAUCAACGCUCUCGAGUCCAGUCUGAACAACAUCAAAAACUCUAUCUCACUCCCGCCAGCUGUCGCUAUAAAGGUCGAUAAGGCUCUGGUCACAAUGGAUCAACUUCAAUCAGAGAUGGACAGAGUUAAAAAUAACUUAUUGCCAUUGGAGAAAACAAAUCUGGAACCAGAGCUGGACAAACUGCAGGAUCUGCUCAACUCUCUGAAUUUAGAAUACAAGACCAAAAGUGACAAACUGAAUAAUGCAACCAGUUCAACUGACACAGGACCUUUUUCCGCCAUCGAGAAUGCCUAUAACGAAUCUACAGAUGCUGCCCGAAAUGUAAAUACAUCUAAGAAAGUGCUCCAACAGUCCUCGGAUAUUAGAGAGAAGACAGAGGACGAGCUCAACAGAGUUCUGCCAGUCAACAGCCGGAACCUGGGCAAGCUGAACGACAGCUUAGCGUCAAAUCCUGACCUCAGUCCUCUGGCCAAAAUGGUGUGUGGCAAAGUGCUGUCAGACCCAUGCACGCCUCUGCAGUGUGUGGAUGAGGAGCUGUGUGCUACUGACAAUGUGCCACCCUGUGAUCCAGGCAAACCCUGCGUGGGUGCAUUGCCCCUGGGAAAUAAGGCAGUUGAUGAUGCUGAACAAGUACAAGAUAAACUGGAUGUGCUCUCCAAAAAGAUCUCAGAUGCAGCCAAGAAGCUUCAGAAAACACAGGAGAGCACUAACCUGGUGAGACAAUCUGCAGAGGAACUCACUAACAGAAUGAAAGAGGCCAGAGAUGCAAUGGAGGAGGACUUAAAGAAGAGCCGGGAUGUGGUGAAGGAGCUCAAGGACUUCCUCUCAGAUCCCUCUUCCAACCUGACUCACAUUCAGCAGGUCAGUGACUGGGUGCUCAAAGCCAAACUGCCAGUGAGCCUUACUGCUUUAAAGACAAAGCUGGAUGAACUCAAGGACCUUGCCAGCGGGCUACCGGACAGCACUGCAGUACUCAGUGAAGCCCAACCACAGCUAGAGGCUGCAAAGAAACUGCUCCAAGAGGCGCAGGAUGCUCGGGACACAGCCAAAGGGGUGAAGGCAGAUGUGGAUGGCCUGGUGGACGGGAUGAGAUCUAUGGAACAGUCACUGUCAGACCUAGAAGAUAAGCUCCAGAACAGCAUGGACCUCAUAGACAACCUCAGUGACAACAUCACCAAGGUAGAGGAGCAGUUGAGCCCAGCAGAAAAGGCUUUGAAUGAUGCCUCUGUAUUGCUAAAACCAAUAAAACCCACUCUGGACGAGCUCAAAAAUCUGCUGGAGGAAGCAAGGCAGCACACCCUGGAUACUCAGGACAAGGCAGAUAACGCUGAGGAGGAGGCAACUACCACAGCUGAGGACAUGGAGACCUUGGAGAAAGAGCUAGAGACUCUUAAAGCCAAAGCAGCUGCCAGUUCGCCUGAUGGCAAUUCAGCUGAGUUGGGACCACGCCUGACAAAACUUCAACAAGACGCCAUGGCUCUAUCUAACACCACCGAUCACAUGUUUAAAGCACUGGAUGGUAAAGCAGAUUCCAUCAGACUGCUUCAAGAGGAAAUCAUCACAAAGUCUAGCAGGCUGGAGGGCCUUGAUGCCAAACUCAGUGAUCUUCUUGCUCAACUGCGAAAAAGAGCCCACGAGCUCCGCACUUGCCAAGCCUGAGGACCCUGAAGACAUUUAACUGGACACACCUUUGACUCAUGGGAUACACAUACGCCAUAAUAAUAACGCUAUGUCAAUAGAACUUACAGAAUCACAAGUCACACAUGGGGUUUGUUCUAAUAUUCAAUUUUAUUUUAUAUUUUCAAUAAAUAGAAUUUUAUGUUUUCCUGAAUCAUCCCACAGACAGUUUUCAAGUACAUGUUUAUUAAGUUUAGCUUGCAUAUUUUACUGUUUCAGAGAAAAAAAAAAUACAGUUUAUAACAUUCAGAUA